AUGGUCAAGGAUACUGAGUUUUAUGAUGUGUUGGGGAUAUCCCCUGAGGCUACGCCUUCUGAGAUCAAGAAGGCGUACCGUAAGAUGGCGAUGUUGACGCAUCCGGAUAAGCACCCUGAUGAUCCUGAAGCGCAGGCUAAAUUCCAGGCGGUAGGUGAAGCGUACCAGGUUUUGAACGAUCCUGCAUUGCGGAAGCAGUAUGAUGAAUUUGGUAAAGACAAUGCAGUGCCUCAGCAAGGUUUCGAGGACGCUGAGGAGUAUUUCACCGCGAUUUUUGGUGGUGAUGGUUUCAAGGACUGGAUUGGUGAUUUCUCUUUGUUCAAGGAGCUGAACGAGGCUACUGACAUGAUGUCUGAGGAUGCCACUACUGACGCUACUGCUGCCGCUACAACUUCUGAAGCCGGCAUGGUCAAGCAUGAUGGGAAGACAGAUGCCAAGGACAAGAGUGGGAAGAUGACCAAAGAACAAAGGGAGAAGUUGUGGGAGAUGGAGAAGAAGAGACGGGAGGAAGUCGCAAAGCAAGUCGAGGAGUUGGCUCGUAAGUUGAAGGAAAAACUAUUACAAUACAAUUUGGCUGUCAAAGGUGGACACCUUGAUGACUUCAACAGGAAACUGGAUCAGGAAGUAGAAGAAUUGAAAUUGGAAAGUUUUGGUCUUGAGUUACUCUACUUGAUUGCAAGGGUGUACAAGACGAAAGCCAAUAACUACUUAAUGGCUAAGAAGACAUUCGGUUUCUCCAAGAUUUUCACAAGUACUAGGGAUAACGCACGUACCGUAAAGUCGGCCUAUAAUUUAUUGUCAACUGGUAUGGAAGCACAAAAAGCCAUGGAACAGAUGAGUAAAGUGGAUGAGGAUCAACUUGAUCAGUAUGAGAGAGCCAAGUUCGAAAAUGAGAUGGCAGGUAAGGCCUUGGGUGUCAUGUGGGCCAUGAACAAAUUCGAAUUGGAAAGAAAAUUGAAAGAUGUAUGUAACACUGUCCUAUCGGAUAAAUCAGUGUCAUCUAGCGAACGUCGUGAAAGAGCUAAGGGUCUAUUGUUCAUUGCGUCAAGAUUUGCAAGUGCAAAGAGAUCUCCAGAAGAAGCAGAAGAAGCCAAGGUAUUUGAAGAAUUUAUCCUUGGUGAGAAGCAAAAACACGGCUCCAAACCUUGA